CAUCUCAUUAUGGUAUAUAAAUUCCAAACCAUAUUUAUACGAUUCUCAAAGAAGAGUUGUAACCGAAAUAAUUUCUAGAUCGUCAAAUUAACUAGUAUAAUGGCACCAAAUUACAAAUUGAUUUAUUUCGACAAUACAGGCAAGGCGGAAGCUAUUAGAAUGAUCUUUGCUUAUGCAGGAAUCCCAUUUCAAGAUGAAAGAAUUUUACGUGCAGAAUGGGAUAAGUUUAAAUCGACGACACCUUUGGGACAACUUCCUGUUUUGGAAAUAGAUGGUAGGAAAAUAACGCAGUCAACGCCAAUAAGCAGAUAUCUAGCAAAUCUCACAAACCUUGCAGGUAAAACAAAUGAAGAAAAUUAUGAGAUUGAUGCCGCUGCUGAAAUUCUUUACGAUUUAUUAAGAGGUGCAUACGAAUCUUCACAUCUCGAAUUAAACGAGGAACGAAGAAAUAUUAUGAGAAUGAAAUUCGAGAGCAUGUGUUCUAUGGCUUUACCACAUCUUGAAACAAAUGCAAAGAAAAAUAGUGGUUACAUCGCUAUAAAGAGUGUUUCUUGGGCGGAUUUUGUUUUCAUUACUGCAUACGAAAAUAUAAGAAGUUUGCUUAAUGGAAAAGAUAUUUUUGCUAGUUAUCCAAAUCUUCUGAAAGUGAAAGAAAAUGUUAUGAAAAUACCAAGUAUAAAGAAUUAUAUCAAGAAGAGACCAAGAAUAAGUGCAACAAGGCCAUGGUUUGUUUAUGAUUUGAGAGAUGAAUUGUGAUGUUUUUCAAAGAAAACAUAUUAGAAAGAAAAAUAUUUAUUAUCUAUAUUACCUAUUUCAAACUCAAAUUAAUAAUUACUCGCAAAUAUCGCAUCGGAGGCGACAUCUCUUUAAAUAUUUUUGAUUUCUGAUUCUGUUAACCAUAUAUUUAAAUAGAUAGAUGUCCUCAUUAA